GCCAGCGACGCGCCUUGACAGCCCGAGAGAGCUUGCUCCGAAACCAUGGUCCUGUGAUCCCGCCAUCCACCAUCCAUCUCAUGGGACGCCGCGGCUCGCCCACCACCACGUGACACGUGACACGCUCUCCGCCGCCACAGGCCUCUGUCCACCGCUCACUUCCACCUCGCCAUGCCGCCCGACGCCUCAGAGUCCCUGGCCAACCGCGACUCGCCCAUUCCCGUCGUCCAAGUCCACCAUGCUUCCAACGACGGCACCCCGACUCACACCAAGGGCCACUCGCGUCGCCUCUCUGCCAGCAAGCUAAAGAACAAGCUCGAAUCGCUAGGCGACACCAUGACUCGGGACUCGAGCAGCAGGAUGGGCGACAAAAUGAUGAACCUGCUGCUCUCGCAGGUUCUCCCCUCUGAGGACCUCUCGGACGGCUCGCCUCCAGAUGCAUCCCCAUCACCAUCUGGAAACACGCCACAGGUCAAGGACCGCCGUUCCCGCACCUAUGUCGCUCGGCCAAGCUUCAGCAUCCCUACCAUGUCGUCCAACUUCCGUCGCUUCAACUCGCGAAUUGGCGUAGCGUUUAUAGCCCAGAACAGGGCCAUACGCCUCUUUACCUGGGUGCAGCCCACCCAGACCCUCUCUUUCCUCUUUGUCUGGACAUUUGUGUGCGUGAACCCAUAUCUCCUGCCUGUGCUGCCGCUGGCCUGUGGCAUGUUCUUUGUCAUGGUACCCGCGUAUCUUACUCGCCACCCGGACCCCGUAAGUAGCACACGGGAUGUGGACCAAGAUCUGUGGAGAGGGAGUCUGGGGGGCCCGCCACUAGCCGACGCCACGACUAUCAAGCCCGCGCCCGAGUUCAGCAAGGACUUUUUCCGCAACAUGCGAGAUCUCCAAAACUGUAUGGAGGACUUUAGCCGAGCACAUGAUGCCAUUCUCAGCUUCUUCACCCCCCUGACCAACUUUAGCAAUGAGAACCUCUCGUCGCUCAUCUAUCUCAUCCUGCUCGUCGCCUCUGUUCUCUUGUUCAUCAGCGCACAUCUCCUCCCAUGGCGAGCCAUCCUUCUCUUCGUCGGAUACGCAGUCACUGCCCUCGGCCACCCGGCUGUCCAAGACCUGCUCGCCACCCCCGAAACAGAAAAGUUCAUCACCCACGUAGAGCAAGAGAGCCGCUCGUUUCUCCUCACGCUUUCCCGCGCCGACAUCGAGCUCGAGACAUGGCAGGAAACACGUGAAGUGGAAAUCUUCGAACUCCAGCACCGCCCGCUCCACGACGAGCAUGGUGAAUACGAGAGCUUCAUCUUUUCCCCUUCGCCCUACGCGCCCUUGUCCCCCUCGCGAAUCAGCGGCGACAGACCGCGCGGUACCCCCUUUUUCGAAGACGUGCUUCCGCCCCGCGGCUGGCGCUGGAGCGACAAGAAAUGGACGCUGGACCUGCUCUCGCGCGAAUGGGUCGAGGACCGCUGCGUCACGGGCGUCGAAGUCGAAAUCGAAGGCGAGCGCUGGGUCACAGACUUGCACUACGAGGUCCUCGAGACCCACCAAGAGCGCGCUGCCCACGACGCUCGCAUCAAGAAGAGGUCCUCGUCAAAGGGCGGUAGCUUGGAUCUGGCGGCCGACCAGGAGAAAGAGGUUCUCAGGCGCGCGUGGGAAGAAAGCAAGCCUAGUCGCAAGGGCGAGUGGAGGCGACGGAGAUGGGUUAGGGGCGUUGAGAGGGUGCCGUGGACCCAGGGACAGUAGGGAUAAUGUAGCAUUUGUCUCGAUAUACCAGGAAUACACAAUUGAAGAUUAGCCGACUGGGCUCUUCCCACUGUACAGCAGGCUAUGGAGUGGAGUUAAGACGAGCCAAAU